AUGAGAAAGACAGGCGACAGAUGGUCAAUAAGAACUCAGGAAUGGAUUCCUCGCGAAGCAAAACGUCCCCGAGGCCACCGACCAGAUGCUGACGUGUUCGUUGCACGGAUGAACCAGCUGAAUUUUCAGCAGGUAACGAGUAAUGGACCUGGACCUCGCAAACGUCGCCGCCGCACUUCUAUACCAACAUCAUGGAUGACACUAGCGAGGGACAGAAACGGAUGGAAUCAAUGCUUUGGCCUGCACGACAGGUAA